AUGGAUAUCCUCAAAGUCCUGUCGCGCGGCAUCAAGCAGCCCUCCAAGGGCGCCAAAUCGGCAAACAAUGCGCUGACGAAUCUGCCCUCGGCCGGGAACCGGACGAACCCGCAACUUUUCCACGACGAAGUCCCCUCCGCGCGGGGCCACAAGAGGAAGCGCGGCAAGGAGGAGGUCGAGGAGAAGGAGGAGGAGCAGCUGCCCGAGGUCGACUUCUUCGCGCCGAAGCAGGAAGCCUCGAAGGAGGAUAACAAGGCAAAGAAAGCUGAAGAGGAGGAGAAGGAGGCCGAGGCGCCCGCGGUCAAGCCGAAGCUGCUCCCCGAAGACGAGUGCCGACAGAUCCUCCGCUCCCACCGACUCAAGCUCACCCUCCUCUCCGAGCGCCACAAGCCGGCCAAGGUCACCAAGAGCAAGAAGAAGAAGAAGGUCGCCGUCGAGGUGGAGAAGGGCAAGGAGACGACCCAGCUGCACCCGCAGCCCCUCAACUCCUUCCGCGAGCUGAGGACGAACUUCAACAUCGCGCCGCUGCUGGCGGACAACCUGGCGCACCAGGGCUACAAGGUGCCGACCGAGGUCCAGCUGGGCAGUCUCCCGCUGCUGCUGAAGCCCGAGCUCGCGAUCAAGAAGGUGCCGAACAAGGAGGAGCUGGGCGACGUGUCUCACGGCGUAGACCUGUUGGCGGUCGCGCCGACGGGCAGUGGCAAGACGAUCAGUUUUCUGAUCCCCGCCAUCAACUCGAUCAUGCAGAAGAGGGCGUCUGCUGGCGGGGAGCAGGACGACCCGGAGUUAUCCGCGAUCGUCGUGGCGCCGACGAGGGAGCUGAUUUUCCAGAUUGUCAACGAGGGGCGGAAGCUUGCGCAGGGCUCCGGCAUCAAGGUCGUUGGCAUGAAGAAGGGGAUGCGGAUAGCGUCGGAGGACGACGAGGUUUCCGAGAGCGAGGAUGCGGAGUCUGAUGGGGAGAAGUCGGGGGAUGACGAGGACGAGGACAGCGAGACGGAAGCCGCUAGCUCCAAGCACGUUACCAAGGCGGAUAUUCUUGUUACGACUCCGACGCUGCUCUUCAAUUUCCUCAACUCAGGGUCGUCAAAGGUGCAGCGCGUGCUCCCGACAGUCAAGUCACUCAUUCUCGACGAAGCGGAUGUCCUUUUGGACCCCCUUUUCCGUGAGCAGACGGUGGCUAUCUGGGCGGCUUGCUCGAACCCCGAUCUCAAAAUCACAUUCUGGUCUGCGACUUUCGGAUCCAACAUCGAGAACCUGGUGAAGGAGAUGCAGGCGGAACGCUCGUCCACAAAGCCUCUCUUUCGCCUUGUGGUCGGACUGAAGGACGCAGCCGUUCCCAACGUAACCCACAAACUAGUCUACACCGCAACGGAAAAGGGCAAGCUGCUCGGCCUGCGUCAGCUCCUGCACCCUACCGCCGGAGACGACUCCGGCCCCCCUCUCCGACCCCCGUUCCUGGUCUUCACCCAGACCAUCGAGCGCGCGACGGCCCUCGCGGAGGAACUCAAGUACGACAUCCCGCUCGCAGCCGGCGGCCCCGCCCGGAUCGCCGCCCUGCACAGCGGGCUGUCGGACAAGGCGCGCGCGGGCAUCAUGCGCCGCUUCCGCGCAGGCGAGAUCUGGAUCCUGAUCACGACGGACGUCCUCGCGCGCGGCGUCGACUUCGCCGGCGUCAACGGCGUGGUCAACUACGACGUCCCCGGCUCCAGCGCCGCCUACGUGCACCGCGCCGGGCGGACGGGCCGUGCGGGUCGCGAGGGCGGCGUCGCCGUGACCUUCUACACGACGGACGAUAUCCCCUUCGUCAAGAGCGUGGCCAACGUGAUCGCGCAGAGCGAGAAGCAGGCGGGCAAGACGGGCGAGGAGGCCAACGUGCAGAAGUGGCUGCUCGACGCGCUGCCGAACGUGAGCCAGGCGGACAAGAAGAAGUUGAGGGAGAAGGGCGUGGAGGCGAGAAGGAGUCACGGCGCGGCUAUGAUUUCGACCGAGAGCAAGUGGGAGAGGAGGAAGGAGCAUAAUAAGAAGGGGGCUGCGACGGCGAGUAAGCAGAGGAAGAAGAUGGAGAGGGGGGCUAGGAGGGAUGAGGGGAGUGAUGGUGGUGAGUGGGGUGGUAUUGACGACUAA